AUGAAUCGGGAUUCUUCGCCAUCUUUGGAUGUUUGCUUUGGAGAAUUACUUCGUGAGGAGCAGCGUCUUCUCACGCAGGCUACGUUCCAGCAUGAUUCCAACCCAAAUCCAGUAGCCUAUGCAGCCUAUGGGAAAGGGAAGGGUAAGGAUAUGCGCAAGGUCCAGUGUUUCAGCUGUAAGGAGUAUGGUCAUAUUGCCGCCAAUUGUGCCAAGAAAUCUUGCAAUUACUGUAAGAAACCGGGCCACUUUAUCAAAGAAUGUCCCACUCGGCCUCAGAAUCGUCAAGCUACUGCCUAUCAGGCUGCAGUACACACCUCUUCUGCUCCAGUGAUGUCCUCAGCCUCUUCUUCUGUGGCCGGAUCAACUGUUCUUACGCCUGAAAUGGUCCAGCAGAUGAUUAUGUCAGCCUUCUCUACCUUAGGGCUCCAAGGAUCAGGUGUCGGGGAAGAUACUCGCGAAGGGGCUUAAAGUUGGCAGACUAUUUCCACUGCACUUUUCCAUUCCUAGUUGUUUAUCUUUAGCUUGUAGGACAGUUAACACUUCGAACGAAGUAUGGCACAAACGUUUGGGUCAUCCAAAUUCUGUUAUUCUAUCUCAUAUGUUAAAUUCUGGUUUGUUAGGCAAUAAAGAACGAGUUUCUCAAAAUUUGUCAUUUGAUUGUUCUGUAUGCAAACUUGGUAAGAGUAAAACUCUUUCGUUUUCUUCUCAUGGUAGUCAUGCUACAAAAUGCUUUGAUGUUGUGCAUAGUGAUGUAUGGGGCAUUUCUCCUGUAAUUUCUCAUGCUCGAUAUAAAUAUUUUGUCACAUUCAUAGAUGAUUUCAGUCGAUAUCCUUGGGUCUAUUUUCUUCGGGCCAAAUCUGAGGUUCUGUCUGUUUUUCAAACCUUUGUAGCAUAUAUUGAGAAUCAAUUUUCUACAGGCAUUAAGAUUUUGAGGUCUGAUUCUGGUGGAGAAUACAUGUCCCACGAGUUUCAUGAUUUCUUACGUCAUAAAGGAAUUGUCUCUCAGCGCUCUUGUCCUUAUACUCCUCAGCAAAAUGGGGUGGCGGAACGAAAGAACCGCCAUCUCUUGGAUGUUGUUCGCACUUUAUUACUUGAGUCCUAUGUUCCUUCUAAAUUCUGGGUCGAGGCAUUAUCUACUGCAGUUUACUUAAUUAAUCGACUGCCCUCUCAGGUCUUGCAUUUUGAUUCUCCUUAUUAUCGUUUGUAUCAUCAACAUCCUAGCUAUCUUAAUCUGCAUACUUUUGGAUGUGUUUGUUUUGUUCAUUUACCUGCUCAUGAACGUAACAAACUUUCUGCUCAGUCUGUUAAAUGUGCCUUUAUGGGUUAUAGUGUUUCUCACAAAGGUUAUGUUUGCUAUGAUCCUUGUUCUGACAAAUUUCGUAUAUCUCGUAAUGUUGUGUUCUUUGAGCAUCAAUGUUUCUUUUCUACACAUGUUGAAUCAUUGCCUGAGAUUAGUAUUCUACCUUGUUUUGAUGAAUUGCC